AUGCCUCACUACUCUUCCAACUCUUCUGACUCCGCGUCCACCGGGACCCCAGAGGCCGAGUACUCUGGCAUGAGCACCCCCGUCACCGAGUUCAGUCAAUUCAACUUUACAAAGGAGGUUGCUGUGGUCGGAUUGGCCUGCCGCGUCGCUGGCGGCAACAACAACCCCGAGGAGCUCUGGCAAUCUCUACUGCAGAAGCAAGACGCCUCGGGAGAGAUCCCCGAGAUGCGCUGGGAGCCGUACCUGCGCCGCGAUCCUCGCAACGCCAAGAUCCUCAAGGAGACUACCUCGCGUGGCUACUUCCUGGAUCACCUCGAGGACUUUGACGCUCAGUUCUUCGGUAUCUCCCCCAAGGAGGCCGAGCAGAUGGACCCCCAGCAGCGUCUGUCCCUGGAGGUCACUUGGGAGGCGCUGGAGAACUCUGGCAUCCCCGCCAAAUCACUCUCGGGCAGUGACACUGCAGUCUUCUGGGGCGUCAACUCUGACGACUACUCCAAGUUGGUCCUCGAGGAUCUGCCCAACGUGGAGGCCUGGAUGGGCAUUGGAACUGCCUACUGCGGCGUUCCAAACCGCAUUUCGUACCAUCUCAACCUGAUGGGCCCCAGCACUGCUGUGGACGCAGCCUGUGCGUCCUCGCUGGUUGCUGUUCACCACGGUGUCCAGUCUAUCAUCCUCGGUGAAUCCAAGGUCGCCAUCGUGGGCGGAGUCAAUGCUCUCUGUGGACCAGGUUUGACUCGCGUGCUCGACAAGGCCGGUGCAGUCUCGCCCGAAGGGCGAUGCUGCUCAUUUGACAACGAUGUCAAGGGCUACGGUCGCGGCGAAGGAGCCGCUGCCAUUGUGCUCAAGAACCUGUCGACUGCCAUCCACGAUGGUGACCACAUCAUGGCGGUGAUUAAGGGAACUGCCGUGGGACAGGACGGCAAGACCAACGGCAUCAUGGCCCCCAAUGCCAAAGCUCAGCAGCUGGUCGCCCGCAACGCCCUCAAGGCCGGCAACAUCGAUCCCCUGACAGUCGGAUAUGUCGAGGCUCAUGCCACCUCCACCCCUCUGGGUGAUCCCACUGAGGUCUCGGCCAUGGCUGAGGUCUACGGCGCUGAUCGCCAGUUCAACUCGCCGUGUUUCAUCGGAUCCAUCAAGCCCAACAUCGGUCACUUGGAAGCCGGUGCUGGAGCCAUGGGCUUCAUCAAGGCUGUCAUGGCCGUCGAAAAGGGUGUUCUUGCCCCCCAGGCCAACCUCACCACACUCACCAAGAAGAUUGACUGGAAGUGCGCUGGCCUCAAAGUCGUCCAGGAGGAAAUAAAGUGGCCUUCCACCGAAGAGCUUCGCCGCGCUGCCAUCUGCUCCUAUGGCUACGGAGGGUCGGUGUCGCACGCUAUCAUCGAGCAAUUCAGCCUCCCAGAGAACCCUGAUCUCACAUCUGUCGCGCUCCCCUCGGUGGGCCCAACACUGCUCCUGCUUUCUGGCCCCCAGGAGAAGCGCCUGUCCGUCCAGGCUGGCGCUCUUGGAAAAUGGUUGCAGUCGGAAGGUUCUCAGCAAGACUUGAAGAAUGUCGCCUCAACUUUGGCAGUGCGUCGCGAUCACCAUGACUACCGCGCUGGUCUUGUCGUUGACAGCCAGGAAGAUGCUAUCAAGGCCCUCACCCAAUUGGCUGAAGGCUCACAGAGCUCCAACGCCUGGAUCUCGCAAAAUCGCGUCUUUGGAUCCGAUGUUAACAAGGAGGUUGUCUGGGUUUUCUCCGGUCAUGGAGCCCAGUGGCCUGCAAUGGGCCAGGAGUUGUUGGAGAACUCCGUUUUCUUCCAAGCGAUUGAACCCUUGGAUGCGAUCAUCCAAGCUGAGAUCAAGCUGUCUCCCAUCGCUCUUCUCCGAAGCGGCCAAUUCGAAGCAUCUGAUCACGUUCAGAUCCUGACCUACAUCAUGCAGAUUGGUAUCGCCGCCGUUCUCAACAGCCAUGGAGUUUAUCCCCAGGCCAUCAUCGGUCACUCGGUUGGCGAGAUUGCUGCCAGUGUAGUGGCUGGGGCUUUGACACCUGAAGAGGGUGCGAUUCUCAUCACCCGUCGGUCGCUGCUUUACCGGCAAGUCAUGGGCCAGGGUGGCAUGAUUCUUGUCAGUAAGCCAUACGCAGAGAUGGCCGAAGAGCUUGCCAGCGACAAGAACCUUGUCGUUGCCAUUGACUCCUCCCCCUCGUCCUGUGUUGUCGCCGGACCGACCGCAGCUGUCGCCCAAAAGGCCGCGGAGUUGAAGGAACGCUCUAUCCAGACCUUCACCGUUCGCACCGACAUUGCCUUCCACAGCCCCGAGUUGAACAAGCUGGUGGAUCCCUUGCUGAAGGCCCUCCGCGGCAGCCUGAAGCCCAAGCCAGCAACCAACGCAAAGCUCUACUCCACCUCUCUAUCUGACCCUCGUGGCCAGGACCUUCGCGAUGCCACCUACUGGGUGAACAACAUGGUCAAUCCUGUCCAUCUCACCCCCGCCGUGGAGGCCGCAUUGGCGGAUUCCUACCGGAUCUUCUUGGAGGUCUCUUCGCACCCACUGGUCUCCCACUCUAUCAAUGAGACCAUCAUGGCAGCCGGCGUAGAGGAAUACAGCAUGAUUCCGACCUUGGCGCGCAAGAAGCCCAGCGAGAAGAGCAUCUUGAACGCGAUCUCUCAGCUUCACAGCCGUGGUGCCGCAGUGGACUUCAAAUCGACCUCGUCUGGCGCCUGGGCCGUUGGAGUGCCCAACACCCGCUGGCUUCACAAGCCUACUUGGCGCCAGGUUGAGGCCAAGGGUGCUGGGUCGACACAACAAACUCACGAUGUCGAGAAGCACACUCUUCUCGGUCAGCGCAUUGGCGUCGCUGGAACCGAUACCGUGGUUUACACUACCCGCCUCGACAAUGACAGCAAGCCUUUCCCCGGCAGCCACCCGCUGCACGGUACCGAGAUUGUUCCUGCAGCCGGCUUGGUCAACACCUUUGUCAAAGCCACUGGAGCAAAUGUCUUGAACAAUGUUGUUCUGCGCGUCCCAGUCGCCAUCAAUGCUCCCCGAUCGGUGCAGAUCGUCGCCGAGCGCGAUGAAGUGAAGAUCAUGUCUCGUCUGAUUCCUGAGAACCAGAAUGACGCUGACAACUCUUCUUGGGUCACUCACACCACUACCCGGUGGGAAUCUACCCCCGCGAGUCCAGCCCUUCGCAUCAAUGUGGAAGCGGCCAAAUCCCGCAUUGGAACACGCCUGCGCGAUGACUUCUCCAUUGACUACCUCGACAAGGUCGGUGUGUCUGCCAUGGGCUUCCCCUGGGCUAUCACAGAGCACUACGGCACCACGCGCGAGAUGAUUGCCCGCGUCGAUGUCGCUCCGGAGGUCGCAACUGGCACCGAGCUGCCGUGGGAUGCGUCCUCCUGGGCACCGAUUCUGGAUGCCGCCACCUCGGUCGGUUCGACUAUUUUCUUUGACCAGCCGCGUCUGCGCAUGCCAGCCCAGAUUGAACGAGUUGACAUCUUCACCAAGGAGAACCCGCCCAAGGUCGGAUGGUUGUAUGUGCAGGAGGCCUCCGACUCUGCUCUUGCCUCUCAUGUCAGCGUGUGUGACGAGGAGGGUAAUGUGAUGGCCAAGUUCACUUCCAUGCGCUUUGCGGAGAUCGAAGGAACCCCAGGCGUCAGUGGCAGCAUGGACAGCCUUGUUCACCAGAUGGCUUGGCCACCGGCUGUGCCCGCUGAGGAGCCCCUGCCUAUCGACCACAUUGUAAUCGUUUCUGAGGACCAGGAGCUCGUCGAGAAGUACGCUUUGACAUUGUCCAAGUCGACGAAAGCGAUCAGCUUCUCCAAGGCCAGCGAUCUUGCUGCACAGUGGGACAGUCUGGCCCUUGACCACAAGCGAACUGCUAUUGCCUACCUCCCUGGUCGGGUCCUGUCUCUACAGGAUGUUUCAAAGGCAACGGAGGACUUCACAUGGCAGCUUCUUGAGAUCACCAAGUUUGUGAUCAACAACGCCCUGCCUGUCAAGAUCUUCGCCAUCACUUCCAACAUCGCUGAUGGAUCCACCCCUACAGCCCUGGCACAGGCACCGCUCGUGGGUCUCAGUCGAGUCAUUGCCAGCGAGCACGGUGAUCAGUUCGGCGGUCUCAUCGACACAGAGGUGCCGGUCUUCCCUCUGUCAACAAUGCGGUACAUCCAAGGCGCAGAUAUCAUUCGCAUUCGCGACGGUAUGCCCCGCACUAUGCGAUUCCGACCUCUGUCCCGACACCUCCUCCUCCCAGCCGACAAGGGAUCACAGUCGUCUCCGGCUCUCAUGCCUCGCCCCGAUGGCACCUAUCUCAUCACCGGUGGCCUGGGAGCUCUAGGCCUCGAAGUAGCAGACUUCCUCGUGAGCAAGGGUGCCCAACGUGUGAUCCUGGUCUCUCGUCGUGCUCUCCCUCCACGUCGCACCUGGUCCGCCAUGAAGUCCAACGACGCCCUUGCCCCGGCCAUCGCUAAAAUCCAGGACCUGGAGUCCCGCGGCGCAUUCGUCCAUGUCCUCGCUUUGGACAUCAGUGUCCCAAGCGCCGCACAGCGCCUCACUGAGGCCCUGGACCAGCUCGCUCUGCCACCCGUUCGCGGUGUCGUUCACGCAGCUGGCGUGCUCGACAACGAGCUAGUCACGCAAACCACACGCGGCGCCUUCUCACGAGUGCUCGCCCCCAAGGUCACUGGUGGUCUCGUGUUGAACGAGGUCUUCCCAGCAGGCACGACGGACUUCUUCGUGCUGUUCUCCUCAUGCGGCCAGCUUGUCGGCUUCACCGGUCAGAGCUCCUACGGUGCCGGCAAUGCCUUCCUCGAUACCCUGGCCACCCACCGUCGCCAACAGGGUGACCGCCACGCAGUUGCGAUCCAGUGGACAUCGUGGCGCGGACUCGGCAUGGGAGCCAGCACAGACUUCAUCAACGCUGAGCUGGAGAGCAAGGGUAUCACCGAUGUCUCGGCGGACGAGGCCUUCGGUGCCUGGAUGCACCUUGCCAAGUACGAUAUUGACCACGCAGUCGUUCUUCGCAGUCUUGCCUUCGAUGCCGACGAGCCUCUGCCUACUCCGGUCCUCACUGAUAUCGCUCAGCGCCGAGCACCAACUCAGUCUUCAGCCACUGAGAGCAGCGAUCCUGCAGCUUCUUCUGGCAGUCAAGGCAUGCCUCCUGCUGGUCCGGAACGCAAGGCAUACCUCGACGAGGCAAUCCGCUCUUGUGUCGCUGUUGUGCUCCACCUUGCCGCCGACGAAGUUGACUCCAAAGCCGCGUUGGCAGAUCUUGGUGUUGACUCUGUCAUGACAGUCACUCUGCGAAGACAAUUGCAACAGUCACUUAAGGUCAAGGUUCCACCUACCCUGACCUGGAGCCACCCAACUGUGAGCCACUUGGUGAGUUGGUUCUCCGAAAAAUUGGAAUAG